UCACAGUGAUUUUUGAAUAGUAUUUUUGCUUGGAAUGCACAUCCAUAUUGUUAAUGUCAUUUCUUAGAUAUGACUGUGCAGCUCAAAGUGCCAACAACAUGGGAACAGUCCCAUGAGUGUAUUUAGUAUUGAGGUGAAUGAGCGCUGUGUGUUAGUCAUGAUGAAGAGGAUUAAUGUGUGAGCUCUCCCAGCAGCUUGUUGGCUUCAUGUGAAGGCUCUGCUAUGAGUCAGUGUGAGGACAAAGAGGAGGGAGUCCCUCCCUCUAAAACCACUCUGUGUGGGGAUCAUGACAGCCAGACCAGAGCUCAGAGGAUCCAUCAGGAACCAGACAGUCCUGAACCUGAACCCAGCUGUGUGUCCAUGAAGAGUGACUGGUCUACGGAUCGUCCUCCAGCCUUCAAAGAUGGACGCCACUCUGAUGAACAAAGAGUGGAUCAGGAGAGCUCGGAGGUUCCCAUUUUUCAGUCUGCCCAGCAGCAUCAAACACACCUGGACUCCAUAUUUAUGCUGCUGGAGGAGAACAUCGUCACUUUUGUGAAGAACGAGCUGAAGAAGAUCCAGAAGAUUAUAAAUUCAGAUUACCCAGAAUGCCUAGAGAGUGAGAGGGAGGAUGAGGAGGUGUUGGACGGUGAGGAUGAAGAGAAGAGGAGGAGCAGAGAGGAAUUUCUGAAGAUCACACUGCACUUCCUGAGGAGAAUGAAGCAGGAGGAGCUGGCUGACUGUCUGCAGAGCAGAACUGUUGCUGCAGUUUGUCAGCGUGAACUCAAAUCUAACCUGAAGAAGAAGUUCCAGUGUGUGUUUGAGGGGAUCGCUAAAGCAGGAAACCCAACCCUUCUGAAUCAGGUCUACACAGAGCUCCACAUCACAGAGGGAGGGACUGCAGAGGUCAAUGAUGAACAUGAGGUCAGACAGAUUGAAACAGCAUCCAGGAAACCAGACAGACCAGAGACAACAAUCAGACAAGAAGACAUCUUUAAAGCCUCACCUGGAAGAGAUGAACCAAUCAGAACAGUGAUGACGAAGGGAGUGGCUGGUAUCGGGAAAACAGUCUUAACACAGAAGUUCACUCUGGACUGGGCUGAAGACAAAGCCAACCAGGACAUACAGUUCACAUUUCCAUUCACUUUCAGAGAGCUGAAUGUGCUGAGAGAGAAAAAGUACAGCUUGGUGGAACUUGUUCAUGACUUCUUUACUGAAACCAAAGAGGCAGGAAUCUGCAGGUUUGAAGAGUUCCAGGUUGUGUUCAUCUUUGACGGUCUGGAUGAGUGUCGACUUCCUCUGGACUUCCACAACAAUGAGAUCCUGACUGAUGUUACAGAGUCCACCUCAGUGGAUGUGCUGCUGACAAACCUCAUCAGGGGGAACCUGCUUCCCUCUGCUCACAUCUGGAUAACCACACGACCUGCAGCAGCCAAUCAGGUCCCUCCUGAGUGUGUUGACAUGGUGACAGAGGUCAGAGGUUUCACCGACCCACAGAAGGAGGAGUACUUCAGGAAGAGAUCCAGAGACAAGGAGCAGACCAGAACAAUCAUCUCCCACAUCAAGACAUCCCGAAGCCUCCACAUCAUGUGCCACAUCCCGGUCUUCUGCUGGAUCACGUCUACAGUUCUGGAGGAGGUGUUGAAGACCAGAGAGGGAGGAGAGCUGCCCAAGACCCUGACUGAGAUGUACAUCUACUUCCUGGUGGUUCAGUCCAAAGUGAAGAACAUCAAGUAUGAUGGAGGAGCUGAGACAGAUUCACACUGGAGUCCAGAGAGCAGGAAGAUUAUCCAGUCUCUGGGAAAACUGGCUUUUGAUCAGCUGCAGAAAGGCAACCUGAUCUUCUAUGAAUCCGACCUGACAGAGUGUGGCAUCGAUAUCAAAGCAGCCUCAGUGUACUCAGGAGUGUUCACACAGAUCUUUAAAGAGGAGAGAGGACUGUACCAAGACAAGGUGUUCUGCUUCGUCCAUCUGAGCGUUCAGGAGUUUCUGGCUGCUCUUCAUGUCCAUCUGACGUUCAUCAACUCUGGAGUCAAUCUGAUGGCAGAAGAAGAAACAACCUCCCUGAAGUCUGAGACACACUUCUACCAGAGUGCUGUGGACAAGGCCUUGCAGAGUCCAAAUGGACACCUGGACUUGUUCCUCCGCUUCCUCCUGGGUCUUUCGCUGCAGACCAAUCAGACUGUCCUACGAGGCCUGCUGACACAGACAGGAAGUAGCUCACAGACGAAUCAGGAAACAGUCCAGUACAUCAGGAAGAAGCUUGAUGAGGAUGUCUCUGCAGAGAAAAGCAUCAAUCUGUUCCACUGUCUGAAUGAACUGAAUAAUCAUUCUCUGGUGGAGGAGAUCAAACAGUACCUGAGUUCAGGACUUCUCUUUCAAUAUAAACUGUCUCCUGCUCAGUGGUCAGCUGUGGUCUUCAUCUUACUGUCAUCGGGAGAAGAUCUGGACGUGUUUGACCUAAAGAAAUACUCUGCUUCAGAGGAGGCUCUUCUGAGGCUGCUGCCAGUGGUCAAAGCCUCCAACAAAGCUCUACUGAGUGGCUGUAACCUCUCAGAGAGAAGCUGUAAAGCUCUGUCCUCAGUCCUCAGCUCCCAGUCCUCUAGUCUGAGAGAGCUGAACCUGAGUAACAACAACCUGCAGGAUUCAGAAGUGAAGCUGUUUUCUGCUGGACUGGAGAGUCCACACUGUACUCUGGAAACCCUCAGGCUGUCAGGCUGUCUGAUCACAGAGGAAGGCUGUUCUUCUCUGGCCUCAGCUCUGAGCUCCAAACCCUCCCAUCUGAGAGAGCUGGACUUGAGCUACAACCAUCCAGGAGAUUCUGGAGGGAAGUUGCUGUCUUCUGGACUGGAGGAUCCACACUGGAAACUUGACACUCUCAGGGUGGAGCCUGCUGGAGUCCGAUGGUUGACACCCGGUCUGAGGAAGUAUUCCUGUGAACUCACACUCGACACAAACACAGUGAACAGAAAGCUCAAACUGUCUGACAACAACAGGAAGGUGACAUAUGUGGAGGAGGUUCAGUCGUAUCCUGAUCAUCCAGACAGAUUUGACCCGUGGCCUCAGCUGCUUUGUAGAACUGGUCUGACUGGUCGCUGUUACUGGGAGGUCGAGUGCAGAGGAAGAGUUUCUAUAUCAUGAUUGUAAAUACAGUUGGAGCAGGUGAAGGUUACCUGAGCUGGGCUGGACUCUGAGGGACUGAGAGCUCUCUGGGAAGACGGUGAUGUCUUGCCGGCCUCAGCCAACCCAUGACAACCCCCCUUCUCCCCCUCAAACAAGCGUGUGUUGCGAGACUCAACUCUGUGCACACUAUUGGUGCCUUCAAAUGAAACUGGGAGAAGAUGAUCUGCAGCAUCCUGCUGCUCAUCAGCCUGAUCUCCUGUGUCUCUGGAUUAUUUGUAGUGAAUGUGACACAGACCCCCUAUCAGGCAGAGGAGUACCACAACAUCACACUGGAGUGGAUGUUCACAACCAGAACUCACAGUUCCCCCAACUCACUUUUUAUCUACUGUGAACUGUUAGCUGAUCUCAGACCCUCAGUCCUGUUUCAUCUCCAUGAAGGUGUUGAGGUUCCAGAGUCUCAGGAUGAACAGUUUGCAGGACGAGUCCAGUGUGACGAAGAUGUCCUCAGAGAAGGACGACUCAGACUUCAUGUGUCCAGACUCAGGACUAAUGACCCGGGUCUGUACUGGUGUGAAGUGCUCACAGGUUAUGGGAGGUACUCUGGGAAAUGCUGGCUCAAUGUCACUGGUAAGUUGACAGCAGCUCCUGAUGAGCCCAGACCUUAUGGAAGUUUUUAUUGGACUUUAUUAGUUGUAAUCUACAGAAGACAUUCCACAAAUGUGUACCAUGAUUUCCAAAUGUUUCACUAUCCACAAACAUGUAUUUUUGUAUUUGUGUUGUGU